AUGGCGCCUUUAUUUAUUCUUACGGAGACGGCGGCUGGAUUGGUCUUAUUCAAGGCUGACAAAAAGCUUUUGAAGAAGGACGAUGUUGCUUCAGAAAUUGAGACCGCAGAGGGUAUCAAUGGAUUAUUGAAGCUUAAGCAGUUCCAAAAGUUCGACAGUGCCGCGACAGCUUUGGAGGAGGUUGCUUCGUUGGUCGAGGGAAAGGUUUCACCUAUGCUUGCAUCACUGCUCGAUACCUUGAAAGAUGAGAAGAAGGCAUCUUUGGCAGUCGCCGAUCCUAAAUUGGGACAAGCUAUCAACAAACUUCCAGGUUUGACUCUGACACCAAUUUCCGACUCGAAAACAAAUGACAUUUUCCGUGGAAUCCGCGAUCACCUCCCCUCUUUGAUCCCAGGUCUCCUUCCCGAACACAUCUCCACCAUGUCGCUCGGUCUGUCGCAUUCUUUGUCGCGCCACAAGCUGAAGUUCUCUCCCGAUAAGGUUGAUACUAUGAUUGUACAAGCUAUUUCGUUAUUGGACGACCUGGACAAGGAGCUAAACACGUACGCUAUGAGAGUCAAGGAAUGGUACGGAUGGCAUUUCCCAGAAAUGGGCAAGAUUGUUAACGACAACUUGGCCUAUGCUAGAGUCAUCUUGAAGGUCGGUAUGCGCGUCAACACUUCCAGUACCGAUCUUGCAGAUAUUCUCCCAGAAGAAAUCGAAACUGCCAUUAAAGCUGCUGCUGAAGUUAGUAUGGGUACUGAAAUCACUCAAGAAGAUUUGGAUAACAUCAAGCUUUUGGCUGAGCAAGUUGUUGGCUUCACCGAAUACCGCCAACAAUUGUCAAGCUACUUGACUGCUCGUAUGCAAGCAAUUGCCCCCAACUUGACUGAGUUGGUCGGUGAUUUGGUUGGAGCUCGAUUGAUCGCCCACGCUGGAUCUCUCAUGAAUCUCGCAAAGAGCCCUGCCAGUACCAUCCAAAUUCUUGGUGCUGAGAAGGCUCUAUUCAGAGCUCUCAAAACGAAACAUGACACACCAAAGUACGGUCUUAUCUAUCAUGCUUCAUUGGUUGGUCAAGCUACCGGCAAAAACAAGGGAAAGAUCGCCCGUAUGUUGGCUGCCAAGGCAGCCAUUGGUCUCCGCGUUGAUGCUUUAUCAGACUGGAGUGCACAAGGUGAAGGCAAGGGUGACGACGUUGAUGACGAGGAGAGAUCUGCACUGGGUGUCACUUCACGUGCCAAGAUUGAGCGUCACCUUAGAGGACUUGAAGGAAAGCCCCUCCUUCCUCGAGGUGUUGCUGUUGGACCAAAUGGCAAGACCACCUCAGCUCCUGGUAAAUGGGAAGUCAAGGAAGCCCGCAAGUACAACGCAGAUGCAGAUGGACUUGCUGGAGAUGAACCAGCUGCCACAGUUCCUAUCAGAGAGAAGAAGAACAAGCAACUCAUCGAAGAAGUCGCUGAAGAAUCUGGUUCUGAUUCUUCCGACGAUAGUGAUGCUUCUGAGAAGAAACCCAAGAAGGGAGACAAGGAAGCUAAGAAGGCCGAGAAGGCUGCAAAGAAAGCUGAAAAGGCCGCCAAGAAAGCCGCAAAGGAAGCUAAAAAGGCUGCAAAGGCUGAGAAGGAAGCGAAAAAGAGCGCCGUAAAUGAUACACCAGAAGUCAACGGCAGCAAGAAGAGAAAGUCAGAAGACGAUGGUGAAAAGUCUGAGAAAAAGAAGAAGAAGAAGAGCAAGGAUUGA